UGGCCUUCCCCUGUCAAGAGGUAACACCGUAAUCCUCACGGUGGUGGACCGAUUCUCCAAGGCGGCCCAUUUUAUCCCUCUUCCCAAGCUCCCCUCAGCCCGGGAGAUGUCCCAACUGAUGGUGGAUCAUGUCUUCCGUCUCCACGGUCUUCCGGUCGAUGUGGUCUCUGAUAGGGGUCCUCAGUUCACCUCCCGGUUCUGGAAAGAGUUCUGUAGAUAGCUCGGGGCCACUACGAGUCUGUCCUCAGGUUUUCACCCCCAGACCAAUAGACAGUGCGAGCGAGCCAACCAGGAGCUCGGUAAGAGACUCCGCUGUCUGACAUCCAACAAUCCCAGCUCCUGGAGCCAACAGCUCUCUUGGGUGGAAUAUGCCCACAACUCCCUUCCCGCCUCGUCCACAGGUAUGUCUCCUUUUGAGUGUGCUCUUGGUUAUCAGCCUCCUCUGUUUCCCCCCCAGGAACUCGACGCUGCGGUUCCCUCGGCUCUGGCCUUCGUCCAACAGUGUCACCGGACCUGGACGAGGGCCAGAGAGGUUCUGGCCCGGACCUCCCUGAGAACCAAAGCAGCAGCCGACCGUCACCGGAUCUCAGCCCCCGCCUAUGUGUGCGGUCAGCAGGUAUGGCUUUCCUCCAAGGACCUACCUCUCCGGGUGCCAUCUCACAAGCUGGCUCCCAGGUUCAUUGGGCCAUUCCGCAUCGCCAAGGUGGUCAAUCCAGUGACCGUACGGCUCAAGCUUCCUCCUACUCUUGGUCGAGUUCACCCUGUAUAUCAUGUCUCCAGGGUCAAGCCAGUAGUCACGUCUCAUCUUAAUCCUGCCAGCUCUCGGCCCACCCCCCCUCCCCCGCGACUCGUGGACGAUAUCCCGGCUUACACUGUCAAGAGACUGCUGGACGUCCGCCGCCGGGGUAGGGGCUUCCAAUAUCUGGUGGACUGGGAGGGUUAUGGCGCAGAAGAAAGGUCGUGGAUACCAUCUCGUGACGUGCUGGAUCGGUCGUUGUUCGUGGACUUCUACCGGAGACGAGCUCCCGUUGGCAUCUCGGACAGCGAUCCUCUCCAUCACCCGGCUCUACGCAGUCAGCUUUGUCACCACAGAUCCCACGAGAACGGACUUCUCUCACCUCGGGAGGCUCAGGUCGAGAUUACUCCCUGCACCCCAGUUACAGUCACCUUCACCAGCAGUGGAUCUACUACGCCCUUCGGGGUCUUCUUGUCCAGUGGACUCUACUCUCCAGACCCGCGGUCAGGAGUGGUCGCUGACUUGUGUUGUGGACUAUUGACUCUGUCUCAAUAAAGAUCUUGUUUCCCCGCACUUGGGUCUCCUGUUUGUGAGUCGACCAUGACAAAAACAUUAUAAAUGAUACAAUAUGUCAUGAUUCUGCCUCAUCAUGUCAUAUCUUUCUUGGUCUUGUGGCAGAAUCAUGGAAGAGCCUCUUGUUUUGUGUGGAGAGAAACAUAUUAUUGUCGGUCACGACAUAAUAUGCGUUCUCUCUGGUCUCGUCUUUGGCCCCGCCCCUCUAGUUCUCUCUUUAGCUUCACUUCAAUGUUUCAUUACCGACACCUGUCCCUUGUUAAUAAUCCUUUGUUAGUUCCCCUAUAUUAUGCCCUUGUGUCUUCUGUCAUCUGCAACACACUCAACGAGGAGGGGGAUGGACACAAUGCCUGCUUCCGUACUGGACGCUGGGGCAGACGUUGUGGAUACGUCCUGCCCGCACUGCGGGCGGUGAUGAUUCAGAUGUUGCGUCACAGGUGGCUGUGUUCCCACGGGACUCAGCCACCACCUCGUUUUGCUCCCCAUUCCGUGGCGGCAGGACUACGGCCCUGC